UCGCAUUUUGCUGCUUUGCAUCACACAACAACACCAACACCCAACACCCACCUUCCCUCACCCUUCCCUCUCUCUUGCAUCCAUUUCACUCUCUCUGCUCUCACCUCGUCGCUCCCUUUUGCCCCUUGCUCGCUAGCAACCCGUCUGUUGUCGCCGCGUCGCCGUUGCUCCCCGAAAAGCCCAUCUUGCUUGGCCUCGGCCACGGCCAACGACGCACAGAUCAACACCGCCUCUCUUCCACCUUCCACCACACACCUUCCCCCCGAUCCCGGGUUUCAUCUUGCUGCCAUUCAAACAACCAACACUUUGGGCCUUCUUCCCUUGCAAGCAAGGGCGCGCGCGCGUUCCACCAACAAACGACCACUCGACGCGACACACCCACCCACUCCCCAUCCAACCACCACCUUCCUUCACCAACCAUUGAGAAUCCAUAACAGCAACACCAGCAUCAACAGUCAUCGGUGCACGUCUGUGCGGACAGUCAGUGCUGCACUGCUCGCCUGCCCGGCUGCAUCCGUCAAACGACGACAAUCGACAAAGACCACGCGCAAAGCCAACUCCAACACGCGUGUGCACCGCCUCGUUCGUCGUGUUGCCGCGGCUUCAUCGACGACGACGUCAACGACAAGUUGCCAGACGCUGACGCUGACGCCGCCGUCGCCGCCGCAUCAAUGAGCGGCCUCGCCAGCGGCAAUCCUCUUGCUACUGCUGCUGCCGCAGCAACAGCAGAGGAUUCGCCGCCGUCGGCAACGACACGGAUGCAUCACUACCUCUCGCUGGCAACACACGUCUCGCAUCCCACGCCGCUGUCCCCGGUAAUGGAGCCAAGCAACGGCCCGUCGCCCAUCAGUGAAACAGCUACACCACCUCGCGGAGACUCGCCAAACCUCCCUGCGCUCCAUGCCGGUAACAGCAGUCUCUCGACGGCGCCCAGCGACUACAAUCCACGCAUCAGAACUCCCAUCUCCCCGCUCUCGGCCAGCGCUCCGUUUGGCCGCUACCUCGACUCGCCUGCCCGCUUCUCCAUGUCGCCCAACAUCAUGUCCCCGGCCAGCGGGCUCCCACACCCGCACGACACGGAGCUGAUUGAAAAGGUCGCCCCUGGCGAUGUUGUUGUUGGUCAUGGAGCCGCGGAUAACGCCGCAUCGUUACCGAGCAGCAAACGCCGUCCUGUGCCGCUCGAUCUCAACCGCCGCGCUGGUGCCGAGCCUGGGCACGAGCAAGCUCCUCUCACUGGAAUGUCAGCUGAGAGCGCACACAGCACGCUCAGCAACGAACUGCUCGACCUCUCGGCCCUCCGCCGCUCAGUGCAGCAAAACCUUCAUGACCGGCCAUUCUCAUCCAUGGAUGAGUACACCGGAGACAGCGAUUCCGACAUGGAAUCCGCGGGGAGCGGACGUGCAUCUCCGGGUCCUCUGGCUACACCAAAUGACGACAGGUUUAUUGGCGCGAGCGAGGCGCUGUCACUUAUUCGUACCUCUGCACAGCCUCUCUUCAUCGACACGCGUACCCUAGACGACUUUCUCGCCGCCCACGUACACCGCUCAACCAACGUCUCUAUCCCAACAUUGAUCGUUCGCCGCCUCCGGAAGCACGCCUCGUCAGGAGAACCAGCUGACAAGUGGGCGUCUCUCGGGUCGUAUGUGAGCACCCCUGCCGGCCGCCGUGUAUGGGACAGCAUCGACCUCGGGCUACACACGGAUAUUGUUAUCGUGGGCGCAGACGAAUCGGACCGCGAGACCCCGAGAUUACUCGCAUCCAUCCUCACAGCAAUCGUUCCUGUGGUAUCUGCGCGUGUCCUGAGCGGUGGCUGGGCAGCGCUUAGUGGCCUUGCGCAACACGCUGGGCUGAUCGUUUCCGGAGAAUCGAGCGAGUCGCCCAGGGUACAAAAGACCCACACCGACCCAACAUUCUACAACCAAGCACCCGCUCCUUCACAAAUGGCCGUCCCCCCUCGCCACCUGGUCAGCUCGCUGGCCGUCAGCCCGGUGUCGCCACCCAGGCUCAGUCCGGCCCGCAGCCUCCCAUCACUAUCCAUCAACCCUACCAGGCAACAACCCCCCAAGCUCUGUCUCAAGAUUGACAAGACAAUACGAACGUCGCCGGUCCCGCCAAUCCUUCCGACUGUGGCGACGCGACGCGACAAUGCGCGCCCCAAGCCCAUGCAGCUUACGCUCGACGUUGGCGAGUCGAACCACCAUGUCCUAGGUGGGCCCCGCAGCGCCAUGCUCGGUGGCUCGGUGAUGAGCAGCAUCCCUCAUACGCCACGAGCGGCGUACAGUGACCACGGGCACGACGGCUCGCUUCGCACCAGUUCACUCGCCCCAUCAGGCGAACCAUGGUCGCACAACCGCCUCACGGUCGAUACGAGUCUUCACAACGUGCCUGUGUCGCCCGGUCUUCGCCACCUCUCGGCAAGUUCCUCCGGUGCCCGACACGGACACGAACCAGAAGCCAUCCAGGUCUCGACAAUUCUUCCGUCGUUCCUUUACCUCGGUCCUGAGAUCACCACUCGGCAGGACGUCGAGGCGCUGCAGGCCCUCGGCGUGAAACGAAUCCUCAACGUCGCUUUCGAAUGCGAUGACGACGAGGGUCUUGGUCUGCGGCAAGAGUUUGACCGCUACCUCAAGAUCCCCAUGAGAGAUACAGUGGAGGAGUCUGGCGUUGGCAAAGGAAUCCGGGAUGCCUGUGACUUUUUGGACGACGCGCGUUUGCACUCUGCCCCCGCAUACGUGCAUUGCAAGGCCGGCAAGUCUCGCUCCGUCACCGUCGUGCUGGCAUACUUGAUACAUGCCAAUGCGUGGACGCUCAAGACAUCGUACGCCUAUGUCGCCGAGCGGCGGCCGGGAAUCUCGCCCAACAUUGGCUUUGUUGCCGAGCUCAUCCAGUUUGAGGAAUCCGAGCUCGGGAGCAAGCAGGCGACGGGCGUGCACGAUUCGACGGCGAGCCCGGUCGAGGUUGACGAGAACAACCCGCCGCUGGUGCACCGUGAGCCCAAGCCGGGGCCACGGUAUACACGUGAAUCCAUGCCGCCAGAGUACGGCCCGGACCUGGACGACGACGGUCAGGAGAAGGCUGAUGCCGACCUAGACCUUGGCGCGCCCGAGCCGACGGCGACGACGAGACUGCGGCGUAGAUCUGGCGCCGACAUUGAAGUGCGCAAGAACGGACAGUGGGUGCACCAUCGCAGAGCGCCCGUCGACAGAACGACGCUGCAGCCUGGCAGACGCGUGUCCAAGGCCGGCCUCGAGUCGAUGGCCAUCAGACCAAUCGAGCACGGUGACCGCCCGAGACCCACGCGCCCAGGCACCAUGGACACCUAGUCCUGUAUCAUUAUAAUAGAUUGCAUGCGCAUGGGUUUGUAGCAAUGGUAGACGUGAUCCGAUGUGACGGUGUGGAAGGUGCUGGGCAAGAAGCGCGUGACUUCGGAUGCGAGCGGAAAGUGUCCAAGGCGAGUGCGUGGGCUUGGGGGUGGGCGUAUGCGUGAUAUCCCCAUGGACCGAGGGCGCACGGGCUGGUGCAAACGAGUAGCUGAUCGACACGGACCGUGCGGUGCGGUGGCUCUGGCCAUAGUGCAAGGGAAGUGACGCGCGUGCAGAGCAGGCAGUCGCAGUCGGCCAGUGCUGGCGAGAAGGGCAACAGGGGACGGUCGGUCGCGCGCAUGGUCCCUCGCCACAACCCGUGAGAUGAUCCGAGAGCGCACGGCCGGCCGGGCAGAAGCGCGCGCCAGAGGGAUCGACAGGCGCGUGCGCGCAUGCGCAAUGCGUAUGAGGCCCGGGGCGCAUGAUACGGGGCGGGGCGUCAACGCGCAGAAGUCCCGGCGAGAGAGACGAGAGCGGCGCACAAGGCCCGCCGCCGGCCACAUCGUCUCGUCGGGAGCGCCCGACCCCGCCGUCGCCCGCGUAACCGC